CAGUCCCACCAACCUGCACCAUGCUGGGCAUCACUGUCCUCACCUCGCUCCUGGCCUUUGCCUCCAGCUGUGGAGUCCCCACCUUCCAGCCUGACGUGUUGGCCAGGGUGGUUGGGGGAGAGGACGCCGUUCCCCACAGCUGGCCCUGGCAGGUCUCCCUCCAGUACCUCAAGGACACCGAGUGGAGGCACACAUGUGGCGGCUCCUUGAUCAGCAGCCAGCAUGUCCUCACAGCUGCCCACUGCAUCAACAAAUCCUUCACCUACCGCGUGGCCCUGGGCAAAAGCGACCUGACUGUGGAGGACGAGCCAGGCUCAGUGAUCGUGGGUGUGGACACCAUCCAUGUCCAUGAGAAGUGGAACACCCUCCUGAUACGCAACGACAUUGCCCUCAUUAAACUGGCGGAGCCCGUGGAGCUGAGUGACACCAUCCAGGCGGGCUGCCUGCCCGAGGAGGGCUCCGUGCUGCCGCAGGACUACCCCUGCUAUGUCACCGGCUGGGGCCGCCUGUGGACCAAUGGCCCCAUCGCCGACGUGCUGCAGCAGGGACUUCAGCCUGUGGUGGACUACGCCACAUGCUCCCAGUGGGACUGGUGGGGCUUCCGGGUGACAAAGAACAUGGUGUGCGCCGGUGGAGAUGGCGUCAUCUCUGCCUGCAACGGUGACUCGGGCGGCCCGCUGAACUGCCAGGCGGAGAACGGGUCCUGGAAGGUGCAUGGCAUUGUCAGCUUCGGCUCUGGCCUGGGCUGCAACACUGCCAAGAAGCCGGUAGUCUUCACCCGUGUGUCCGCCUACCUCGACUGGAUCAACGAGGAGGAGCAGGCAGAAACUCCUGAGUACCCCCACACCAGUGACCCUCCAAAGUGCAACCAAGUGUCCCAUGACAGUGGCUAG